GAAAAAACAGAAUUAGCAUUAAAAACAAUUCAAAGAGUCCCGUCCCCCUAAAUUGUUUUGUACCGGACUUAACACCUCCUUUUUCUUUCAAAUGGAAACCGCAACCACCUCAAACAACGAAGACGACGACGACGUCGUUUUCCUCGACGCCCUAGACGACUUUCCCUUCUACGAUUGCCCCUCUUCCUUCACUCCCCAAUCAGAAUGCUCCACCUCAGCCUCCUCCCCCUCCCCCUCCUCCUCCGCUCUCCUCACCGCCGACUCCUCCUCCACCAUCCGCCGCCGCGGAUCUCUCUCUCGCCGCUCAUUCUCCGGCGAAGAUUCCAAAACCUUCAGCUUCAACUCCUCCACCUUCCGCGAUCGGUAUCGGAUUUCUCGGAACCUGACCGAAAACGAGAGGAUAAACGAAAAGCCGGAGCCAGUUCAGAGUGAAAAUUCAAUCGUAACCACCGAAACCGAUAGCCGAGUCGUCGCCGCCGCCAUCGCUAACGACUCGGCCGACUCGGCAGCGGAACUCAGCGAUCCGUCGUUCAAUUGGCUGAUAUUCAUAGCCGGACUGGUAAUCAAAGCCAUUACCUUCCAAAUCAACCUCUUCAUCACCUUCACCACUUUCCCUCUCUUCCUUCUCUAUCACUCUUACACUAUCAUCACCAAUCCGUACCAAACGGUGCGUCGCGGCACAGACUAUCUGAGCCAAAAGCUCACCAAAUUCAAACCCGAAGCCCUAAGCUCUUGGCUGAGGGAGAACCAGUGGGUUUGGAAAGUCGCGUUGCGGUGUGGAUGGGGGAUUCUGUCGUCGGCCUAUGUCUGCGUCGUUUUGUGCUCUCUGUUGGUGUCGUCGGCGGUUUUUAGCGUCGUUUUGGUCAGGCGCUUGGUGGAGGAGCCGAUUCAGAUUAAGGAGGUGUUGAAUUUCAAUUACGCUAAGCACAGUCCGGUGGCGUAUGUGCCGAUUGUGCCGUGUACAGGCAUUGGUUGUGGCGAGCAUUGUAAGGAAGUGAUUGGAGGUAUAGGGUUUAUACCUCCUACUCAUAGGUUGCAGGUCAUGGUUUCGUUGACGCUGCCGGAGUCUGAGUACAAUCGAAAUCUCGGGGUUUUUCAGGUCAGAGUAGACUUCCUCUCUGUUAGUGGUAAAACUCUUGCCAGUUCAAGCCAUCCAUGCAUGUUACAAUUUAAAAGUGAGCCUAUCCGUCUUCUUCUGACUUUUCUUAAGGCUGCUCCUCUUGUUGCUGGCUUUGUAUCUGAAUCACAAACUCUGAGUCUGAAGUUUAGAGGUUUUACUGAAGGAGAAGUGCCUACUGCCUGCUUAAAGGUUACAAUUGAACAACGAGCAGAGUACCGUCCUGGUGCUGGUAUCCCUGAAUUAUAUGAUGCCUCUUUGAUCCUUGAGUCAGAACUUCCCCUGUUUAAAAGAAUUAUAUGGUAUUGGAAGAAGACUAUAUUUAUAUGGAUCAGCAUAAUGUCAUUUAUGAUGCAGUUGCUGUUUACUCUUGUCUGUUGUCGAUCUAUUAUUAUUCCAAAAUUGAGGCCAAGGGAUGUUGUUCCUAGCAAUAGUGCUACACGAAACAGUCCCCCAGUACGAGGUGGUGUUGCUAGCAGUAGUGCUCCAGGAAGCAGUUCCCCGGUACGAGGUGGUGUUGCUAGCAGUAGUGCUACAGGAAGCAGUUCCCCGGUACAAGGUUGAGAAUGUGGCUUGUGCAGACCUGAUGAUAAUGAUGAAAAGGAUUUUAUUUCUGAUGGUUGAGCCCAAUGUUCUCUUAACUCUGAGUUGCAUUCAGUAUGGCAUCCUAACUUUGAUUUUUGACCAUUUUUUAAUUUUUUUUAGACCAUGUACAUUUUUAAUUACCAAUGAUGUAUGAUUUACAUGUAUGUUGGAAAGAGUAAUGAAAUUAACAUAUGUAUA